AUGAGUAGUGGUAGUAAUACACCAAUCACAAUCAAGAAGGAACAUGACGAUAGUUUCAACUUGAAUACUGAUCAGCAGGAAAACAAUCAUCAAACAAAUGGAGCUACCACCACAUCCAACGCUGGUAAUGAAAACAACAACAGUAACAACUCCUCGAAUAAAACAAAUCCCAAAGAUAAACCAAAAGCAUUCACUAUCAAGUAUAAACGUCCUAGAGGUUCUAGAGCAUGUACUGUGUGUAGAUCGAGAAAAGUGCGUUGUGAUGCUGAAAUUCAUAUCCCCUGUACCAACUGCAUAACAUUUGGCUGUGAUUGUGUAUUGCCUGAAGUGAAAAAGAGAGGCAACAAAGCUGGAGAGUCAAAGUCGAAAAAACAGAAACUUGCACAAGCUGCUGAUGCUAAUGCUGAUGCUAAUUCUUCUGCUAAUGCUUCUGCUAAUGCUUCUGCUAAUGCCUCUGCUGCCGUGGCUACUCCAGAAAAAGGUAAUGAUCCACAGGCAAAGGCUAGAGCACCUUCCACGGCAAUACUGACGCCUGGUAAUCACACGUCGACAGGAAGCUCUGUUGGAACGCCAGCCAAUACAGCAAAAGCAACUACAGUCAAGCAGGAGGAAGCAAUAUCACCCACUUCCAAGCAUGCUACCCUAGAUGAUGUACCAGGUGACAAUCAACAUGCUUCAACAAUCAGUCACAUCUCUUCAGUACAUCACUCAAGCUUUUCCAAAACUAAAACAACAAAAGAACCUGUAUUGAAUAUAUCUCAAAUUAGCGUGCCCCCCUCGUUAACAUCAACAUAUAAAAACAGACCCUCAAUGCAUAAGAAGGAAUUGCUAACCUCCAAGGGUAAACCAUCCUUAACUUAUGUUGGGUCCUCUUCAAUUGCGGUUUAUCCUCAUAAACUUGGUGAAAACCAUGUACAAUUGGCUGAAGACGUUUUUGACUUGCCUGAUAGCAGUUUAGAUGCUGUUGAAAUGGAGAUUUUGAAAUUAAGAGGCGCCUUUUUACUUCCAAGUAGAGAAUUGGCCUUGGAUUUAAUUGAGUCCUAUUUUGAACACGUACACCCUUUGAUGCCAGUGUUGAAUCGUACAUUGUUUAUGAAAAAAUUUAAUGAUCCUAAUGACAGUCCCAGUUUGAUGGUGUUGCAUGCUGUAUUAUUAUGUGGAAGUAGAGUGUCCAAAAACCCGUUAAUUUUAGAUGCUAAUGGAUCUACAAAUCUUGCAAGUAUAACUUUUUUCAAAAGAGCAAAAGCAUUGUACGAAAUGAAUUAUGAAAGUGAUCCUUUGUCUAUCAUUCAAACUUUGAUUUUGAUUGGUUCAUAUUGGGAUGGACCAGAGGAUGUAACGAAAAACUCAUUUUACUGGACAAGGGUCGCUGUUGCACUUGCGCAAGGAUUUGGUUUUCAGCGUGAUGUGACAAAGUUGUCCAGUUUAUCGCUCCUGGAAAAGAGAUUAUGGAGGCGAAUUUGGUGGUGUUUGUUUGAAAAGGAUCGUAAUGUUGCCAUUGCUUUUGGCAGACCGGUUACAAUUGAUUUAAAUGAUUGUGAUGUUCCAAUGUUGACGAUGGAAGAUUUUGAUGAAAAUGAUCCAGAGUUGGGCGUUGCUUCUCUGUACAACGUAAAUGAAACGCAUGCGUUAUAUUUUAUUCAUUUGAUCAAGUUGGCAGAGAUUACCGGGAUUAUCAUCAAGCACCAAUAUAGCAUUAGAUCAGAAUCAAUGAAGAGAAGAAAUGCAUUCUCCAUUAUUGAACAUUGCGAUAUGUUGAUGGGUAUUUGGUUUACAAACUUGCCACCACAAUUGGUAUUUUCAUUGGGUGACCCAUCAUCACAAAGUUUUUACGCGUGCUUGCUUAAUUCUCAAUACUACAAUCGAUUGUUUUUGAUUCAUCGUUCAAACUUGAUGAGAAUGGCUAAAUCCUCAUCAACAAACCCAAACAAUUACAAGUAUCCAAGUUGGGGUAUUAGUUUCCAAUCAGCAAGAAUGAUUUCAAUUAUCUCAAAAAUCUUGAUGGACAGAGAUCAAUUGAAGUACGUGCCGACGAUGUAUGUCUAUAUUGCAUUUAGUGCAUUGAUUAUGUUGAUUUAUCACAUUGACUCAACUAAUACAGUGAUUGCAUCCACCGCAAGUGAAUCAUUGCUUGUUUCAAGAGCUGUUGUACAAAAGUUGGGUGAAUACUACCCCGUGGUUACAGUUUUAAUCAAGUUGUUUGAUAAAUAUGCUAAUGAUAAGAUUAAACGUGCUAGUGUCAUUGAAAGCGGAAUGAUGAUCAAUGAGUUGAAUGAGAAGCGAGCUAAUGAGACUAGAAGCGAGCAGCAAGGAUCGAUGGAAUAUGGAAACCAACAACUGCGACAACUGCAACUGCAAUCGCCACAACAGUCGCGGCAAAAUUCACGCCAGUCCCAGCUGCAACCGUUGCCUCCUCCACCAAGACAGCCUCUUCAACAUCCAAAACCUAACAAACAACAGCCACAAGUCCAAUUUCAACAGCAACAGCAGCAACAUUCACCUGCUACAUCAAAAUUCUCUCCUUCAUCGGUUACUUCUGGUGUGUCCCCGGGUGGAACUGGUUACCAUGAUUACCAAACGCAGCAACUGCAAGCUCGUGCACCUAUUUCUCAACAACGCUCGUCGUUGAAUCCGCAACAACAACAACAACAAUACCAACAUCGUAAUCCAAACGUACCUCCAACUUCACAAACGCCAGUCAUUGAACAAUUGAUUCAACAGUAUAAAGUACCCAUGAAGCAAGCCAAUGGUGCGGAUGGAAGUGAUAAAACGGCAAGUGAGACCUCGCCAGAUUCAUCAACUCGUUCAUUUCCAGAUAUCAGUCUUGUUACGGAAAAUAUUCCCAACAAGCAAAACUUUUUUGAAAAUUUCGAUCCAACACAAUUGUUUCCUACUUUUAGUGCCGCUCCAUCAGUAGUCCAUUCUCCAAAUAAUGAACAGGAUUUGGGUAGCAAUAUAUAUGAUGUAGGUGGGACGAGAGAAGCACCAGUGGAACAACAACAACACCACCAACAGCAACAGGGGCAAGAAGGCACUAGUGGCAACAAUGACGAUAUCAAUGACAAUGCUAGCAUGCCACCACCGCAGUCAUGUUCUAGUGGUAACUUUAAUGAUGGUGCUCAACAACAACAACAGCAGCAGCAGCAACAACAAGCUCAAGCUCAAGCUCAAGCUCCACCGCUCCAUCCAUCCACUCCUGGAUUCCAAACAAAUUUUAUGGAUUCAUCAUUUAUAAAUAUGAAUUUACAAUCAGGUUUCGAUCCAAAUGAUGAGAUUAAUGCCUUGUUCAACUUCAUACCUUAG